UCUGUUCGUUUACUAUUUAUAUAAGUGAUUUUAACAAGAAACUGCAAAAUUAACCUCUUCAAUCCUUAUUUCAAAGUUUGAAUCUUUCUCUCAUUUCUUCGUUAGUUCCAUUGAGAAGAAAAAAAAAAUCAGACUUUAAACUUGUGAGCUAGUAGACCCAAAAACUUCAAGAGGUGUAAAACCAAAUGGGGUUUUAGGAAUUUGGAUUGAUUUUGAUAAUUCAACAUAUCCAACAGACACGGAAGAAAUCUAAACCUCUCUUCUUUAAUUUUUGUUUAGACUUUGGAGGUGAUAAGAUAAGUCUUUAUCAAAGUAGUUCUUGUGUUAAAAAGACGAGUUUAAUACUUUUGUGUUUAUUUCUGUCUGGUAAGAUUUGCUGUUUCUCCUACCAUCUCUUUGACGUUUUAAUGAUGGACUCAAAGUUUGGUGCAAAGUGAAAAAAAAGGAGCAGAAACAAAAAAAAAAAGAGUCCAUCUUGGGAAACUCUGUGUGGUUGUUGCAGAGGAAGUGGGCAAAAAAGAAACAAUGGGGAUUGUUUCGGAAGAAGAAGCUAUUAUUGAACUCCAAGAGCUCAUAGAUCAAGUUGAGGAGCCAUUGAAGACAACACUUAAGAAUGUCCAUCAGGGAUACCUGAGGGAGACUUUGAUUCGUUUUCUGAAAGCACGAGAUUGGAACGUACGUAAAGCUCAUACAAUGCUGGUUGAGUGUUUGCGUUGGAGGCUGGAUAAUCAAAUUGACAGUAUCCUAUCCAAACCUAUUGUUCCUAGUGAGUUGUACAGAGACGUACGUGAUUCUCAGCUCAUAGGAAUGUCAGGUUACACCAGAGAGGGCUUGCCUGUCUUUGCUAUUGGUGUUGGCCUCAGCACAUUCGACAAAGCUUCUGUUCACUACUAUGUCCAAUCACACAUCCAAAUCAAUGAAUAUAGAGACCGUGUACUUCUGCCAUCUGUAUCUAAGAAGAAUGGGAGGCCAAUCACCACCUGCGUGAAGGUUCUAGACAUGACAGGGUUGAAACUUUCAGCCCUGAGCCAAAUUAAGUUAGUGACUAUCAUAUCAACCAUUGAUGAUUUGAACUAUCCAGAGAAAACAAACACAUACUAUGUUGUCAACGCUCCAUAUGUAUUUUCAGCCUGUUGGAAGGUUGUGAAACCUCUUUUACAAGAGAGGACGAGGAAAAAAGUUCAUGUGUUAUCUGGUUGCGGAAAGGAUGAGUUAUUGAAGAUUAUGGACUUCACAUCCCUUCCACAUUUCUGUAGAAGAGGAAGCUCUUCUGGAUCAUCUCACCACACUCAGAGUGUAGAUUGUUUUUCUAUUGAUCAUCCUUUCCAUCAACAGCUAUACAACUAUGUCAAGCACCAUUAUGAAACUCAGGGACAAGCUGAACCUGCAAAGCAAGGUUCUUUCCAUGUGGGUUUCCCUGAGCCUGUAGCUGAACGUGUUGAGAUGGCUAAAACCAUAGAAUCAGAACUGCAGAAGUUCGAGAAAAUGUAA